GUCAGCCAUGAGGCUCUACUACCUGCUCUUUGCGUUGCUGCUCUUGUGCCUGACACCUGUCCCAGGUGAUGCAGGAAUCAUAACCAGAGUGCAAAGGUAUUUUUGCAAAGCCAGGAAAGGCCGCUGCGCCGCGCUGAGCUGCCUCCCGAAGGAGGAGCAGAUCGGCACCUGCUCUCUCCGCGGCCGGAAGUGCUGCCGCAGGAAGAAGUGACAGACCCCAGACAUGAAGAGAAUGUCGUCGAGUGUGAAGAUGCCUGCUUGAAGUUUGUCGA